UUCGAGAGCCGCCAUAUUUGGAUCCUUGCUUGUCAAAAAAGCAUAAAUCCAAUGUAAUUUAUUGUAAAAUAGUCAAUGACCAAGGCUUCUCCUUGUUCUUGAAAGGAAUAUACGUAUUAUCAAUGAAGUUUUAUUCCGUUUGUUAGUAGUUGACAGCAAUGGAUCACGGAGAUAGUCCAGCAUCGUCCCUGCAGUCAACCGGCGAUACAGGCCAGCUCCUGCAGGAAUUACUUAAUCUUCAGAAAUCAAACGGCCUAUCCACUGGAAGUUUGACUGUCCCACCUGGUCCAACACUAAACCAAGUUACAGACAGCACUGAAGUGCCAGGAUCAGGUGAUGCCACUAACCCUACAUUGGCAGAGUUAAUGAUGACAAUGUACGACAACCCCGUACCCAGGCAGCUCAUAACUCUCCAAGGGAGUGACACAGCCAAUAGUUUUAGUGUGUAUGGGAGAGAGGUAGAGAUCAUCACAAGUAAGCCAAAUGAAGCGGUCAGUUCUCAGGCCAAGACGGGCAGUAAUAAGGUAAAGACAACACCUGUUGUGAAGUUUGAAUGGGAGUCCGUGUACUAUGUAGGAAAUCUAGUCACUCUACACAGACUUAAUGUGUAUGCUGCAUACUCACUCAGAGGUAAAUCAGGGGGCGUGGUCCGGAUCAUCAACAGGAAGACAGCGGAGCGGGCGUUACUGAAGGACCUGACGGGUCGGGUGGUGGACAUCGCGUUCGCUUACACUGAUGAUGUCAUCCUGGCAGCUGUGGACGAAAUAGGGAAUCUGCUUGUACACAAUGUCAAGGAGGGUGACGAUAAAAAGCUUCAAGUACCUCUAUUGCUGAAGGUCGCUCGUCCCCGGGGGACCAUCUCUACAGAGUACCACCGUGUGAUCUGGUGCCCGUUUAUCCCCGACGAUUGUGACGACAGCUCGGUGACGGAAUCCUCCACUCAGGACGCCUCCAGGGUGCUGGUGCUGACCCACGGAGAAAGGUGUGAGAUUUGGAAUAUAGACAUGGUGACAAGAGAACAUGGCAGUGGACCAAUUCCUGUAGAUGAUGUGGAAUUUGGACUCAUUAGAAUUGACAGCCACACACAGGCCGUGAUGGAUGCUGCUUUCUCUCCUGAUGGUACAGCCUUAGCUACGGCCAGUCUAGAUGGAGAAGUCAAGUUCUUCCAAGUCAAUAUGAGUGAAAGCACCUCACCAAGAUGUUUACACCAGUGGAAGCCACAUGAUGGGAAGCAGUUGUCUUCCUUGUUUUUCCUUGAUGAUCAUAGGAACUCCAGUGCUGAUACCCAGUUUUGGAGGUUUGCUGUCACUGGAGCAUGUAACAAUCAGGAAAUCAAAAUCUGGAGCUGUGAGUCCUGGGUGUGUUUACAGACAUUAAGGUUCAUGUGUCCACCCGAUUUACCUACAAACUUCAGUGCCGAGCCAUGUAUGAAGGCAGGAUUAGACCUCAGUGCCAAAUAUUUAGUGCUGUCUGACAUCAAGAGACAGGUGCUGUAUGUGUUACAAAUUCACCAAGACUCGGCAGCUAACACAGCUCACGUGAGUUCUGUCUCCGAGUUCCUGCUUGCUCAGACAUGCCUCAGCUUCGCCAUUCUGGAUGCCAGCAAGAAAAAGUUCAAAAAGGUCACCGAGGAAUCUCAUCUGGAUGAAAUAACAACUGGUGAGCUGGACAGAGAAGAAGGAGGAGAGGAUCCGGAUCACAAACAUGAGACGACCACUGCAUCAGGUGUCCAGAUCAAACUCUACACCGUCCAUCCAAAGGCCCUGCAGGAGUUGUUGAUAAGAUUUCGGCCGGAGUCCUCAGCACCCCCUCCCCCCACGCCCUCUGUCAGCACCGUCUCUCAUGAUGACACAGGUCUCCAGGACGCCCUGUCAGACAUGAGCUUCAGUUUAGACAGUAGUCGAGUGGACACCUCUCUCCAGCAGGACCAGCCUGUACUCCUCACCCCUGAUGCUUUCACGUCAGCCAGUCCUAGAAAAGAUCUGUCUACUACUGACCCCAUCCGAGCCAGUGGAUCAAGUACCAGUAGCUUUACACAGGUCACCGGCCUUAAUGAUGAAAUGUUCUCCCCCCACAGCUCAGGGGACCAGUCAGUCAUAUCAGAGGGCAGCACAAUCACCCAGACCCCCACAGAGAAAGACGCCCCCUCCCCGUACCAGCCGGACGUCACCCCGACUAAACUACCACAGACAGGGGACAGUCUGACCAGCAUUGAGGAGAGCACGGCGGAGGACAAACCCUCAGCUCUACAGAAAGUCUGUGUGGACGACCUGUUUGAUAGCACCAGGCAGAGUCUGGAACAGACACUGAACAGCACCGAGUCCAGCAGGAAGUCUAUAGAGAACACCAGCAGUACCACCGGGUUUGAGGUGGGACAGCUCGGGGCUCAGAAACUGUCGACGAUGAAAGAGUCUUACGACGAGAAUGAUGAGGAGGUAGCAGAGGUUCUAGGCGAGUCGUACAAAGAGGAGGAGGAGGAGGAAAACUUACAGGAGGACCCACAGAGCACUCAGCCGUUUGAGGAACACAGCGGGGACAUGGAGUCUGGUUCUAUGCCCACCUCCUGGCCCAAACCUCCUGAUGUUAACACAGAGACACAGGUGCUGGAAGAUAUACAGAACGAGGAUGUUUACAUGGAGGAUGAUGAUGUACAGAUAGAGGAGGAAGAAGAGGAAUCCAAGGAAGACAACUACGAAAAGGAGGAAGACACGCAGAAUGUACAAGAUGGCAGUAGUGAAGAGAUAGAGGAACAGAUAGAGGAACAGAGCGAAGAAUUACAGAGUCCCAAAGAAGCACCUGUAGCUGCUCCAGUGGCUAAAUCAAGGGAGAUAAUAAAAGAAAUCCACACACGAGAAAUUAUCAGGGAAAAUGUGGACAAAGAAUCCAUAACCUCAUUGAAUGAGAAUAUCCAGAGUAUUCUGGCGGUGUUGGAGGCUCAGAACGCCAAGAUCGAGUCCCUACAGUAUCAGCUCGCCGAGCAGGAGGCGCGUCAGAGCGAGAUCAAUCGGCGGCAGAUAGAAAACGAGGUCAUCUCACAACAACCCCAGAACAUAGAGGAACACCUCGGGAAGCUGGAGGGGAUCGUGACGUCUAGAGUGGAGAGGAUGUUUACACAGCACGCCCAGAAAGAGAACCAGAGAGUGCGAGAUUUACUGCAGCAGACAGAGCAGCGAGACAAACAGAGACAGGACCGAUUACAGCAGACGCUGAUACAGGCCAUGAACAACGCCGUCGCCAGCAACAUGGAGAAACAAGUCAGGCAGGAGAUGAACAACACCAUUCUACCUAAUGUGACAAGGAUUCUGGAACCUGUGAAAGAACUCAUGCAUCAGGAGAUUGCCCAGAAACUGACUGCUACAGACUCCAUCAUUAAAGACAGUAUAGGGAAGAUGGUCAGAUCUCGGCAAACAAUAGAGGCCCUUGGGGUGGCGGCGGGGAAUGUUUUACAGACCCCCAUACAGCUAGCUUACAGGGAAGCCUUCCAGAACAUCGUCGUGCCAAGUUUUGACCGAGCCAUGCAGAACAUCUUCCAGCAAGUCAAUGAGGCUUUUGUGAAGGGAACGAGGGAAA